AUGGACAUGCGUCGUCGAUAUCGAGUUUGUUGUAAAAAAUCUUUGCGUAUGAUUUGCAUGACAUUUUGUAUUGCGACAAUCGCUUUUAUUUCAAUAUACUCGCAUAUUACUUUAUCACCGUUCGGUGAGUCGACUAAAGCGUUCAUCGUCGAUGAGAAUGAUCUCGAAGAUGCGAAAAUGAAACCAACGUCGAAUCUUCAUCUGCUACGAGAAGACUACUUCAAUGCGACUCAGUUGACCUGCCGUUAUCCUACAUUAAAAAUCGACCAUCCAGAUAUUUGGAAACAUCUCCACCCUGUUCAAAAAUCGCAACCUGAUUGUGGAAAACAGAAAAAUUGGGUCUAUGUUGAAAAUGGUACCUUUCGGCUAUCAAAAGAAGCUCUAGACAAACAUGGACCGAUCGAGUGCGCUUAUUAUCCUAUUCUCCGAUCGAAAGAUGAUUUCUCAGCAAUGGAAGGUGCUCGACUGUUUCCAUUCGUCGAUAAAACGGCUCUGAUUUCCGAUUUCUUUCGUGUCGAUUGUCAUGGAAAAAAUGGUAGUUCCUAUUCGAACCUUCACAUGGGAAUUAAGUUUGAUACACUCUUACAUUUGAGAAGUAUACGAAAUUCGAUGGUAAACACUCAUAUUGGAUACAAUAUUUUGAUGUUCGGCUUCGAUUCAGUGUCCCGUAUGACUUUCAUGCGAUUCUUACCAAAAAGCUACUCAUUUAUAAUCAAAGAACUCGGUGCUGUGGUUAUGAAAGGAUACAAUAUUGUUGGCGAUGGUACACGCGCAGCACUUCUUCCUCUUCUUACAGGAAAAACUCAAAGGGAACUACCGGAAGCAAGACGAGGCCAUGCAGAUGCGGAAACCGUCGAUCAAUUUCCUUGGAUUUGGAAUCAAUUUAAAGAUAGUGGCUAUGUAACACAAUGGGCCGAAGAUAUGCAAUUUGUUGGCACAUUCCAACAUCGUCUGAAAGGCUUUCGUGAUCCACCAGUUGAUCAUUACGGUCGCCCGUUCUAUCUGUUUGCCGAAUCUAAGAAAAAGUCGAAACCGUUCUGCUUUGGUUCGAUUACUCGUUUUCAGGCAAUGUUCAAUUGGAUUCGCAAUUUCUUCGACAUGUAUCCUCAUCAACCAAAAUUUUCCUACAUUUUUCAUGCUGAUUAUUCGCACAAUUCCAACAAUCUUAUACCCUAUGCCGACAAUGAACUAUUAGGUUUUCUUCAAAUGAUAAAAACGCAUGGUUAUCUCGAUCGCACGAUGCUUAUUAUCAUAACUGAUCAUGGUUCUCGGUAUUCGUCAUUACGCAAUACAUAUCAAGGUAAAUUGGAAGAACGUUUGCCUUUUAUGGCCAUUCGCAUGCCAACUCAAUUUCAAGCUCAAUAUCCGAUGAUCAUGCGAAACCUACGCCUUAACUCACGCCGUUUGACGACAAUGUUCGAUCUUCACGAAACGUUCGAACAUCUUCUCAAAUUCCAUUCACUCGUUCCGUAUCAAUCGCAAUCAAAUCGCUCGUUCAGUUUAUUUGAGCUAGUACCCGAAAAUAGAACCUGUGCAAAUGCAGGCAUCCAGCCUCAUUGGUGUGCAUGUCUCAACUGGCAUGACUUAUCUAUCAAUGAGCCGAUCAUUCAGCAGUUCAGUCAAGCUGUUGUUCAUUUCUUGAAUGAGUUUGUGUCAGACCACAAACGUGACUGUGCUACACUAGCUGUACUUCGAGUGAACAAAGCGAGUCAGCUGAAUGGUAGUGGUGACCUGUUGAAGUUUGUAAAUUCAAAUAAUAAACGUGCUGGAACAUCGCGCUUUGGGAAAAAGUCAUUGCAAUGGUCGAACAAUACGAAGUUCUAUCAGAUUCAACUCGAAACAACGCCCGGCCAAGGACAAUUCGAAGUGACGGCAGAAUAUGAUCUGGAAAAAAAAACAUUCGAUAUUCAUAAGCAACAUCUCAGCCGGAUAAACAAAUAUGGUGAAACAUCGGCUUGUGUUACCUCGAAACGACCAGAGUUUCAAGACAUUUGUUAUUGUUCGAAUUCGAUCUUUCAUAAAAAUACUACUAGUAAUAUUGUUGUCACGGCUGAAUGA